AUGGCCGAGCCGCUCUCCCCCGGGAAGGCCAAGGGCCAGGGGUGCCCCUUCCUGUUCAGAAGGCCAGGGUGGAAAGGGGCCGCGGGCCGCAGGAAGCGCCCAGUGGGCGACCCCGAGCCCGGAGACGGCAGCGACGAAGGCAGCUCCGUGGUUCGCCGGGAAGGGAGGCGGACCACCGACGGCCCCCUGAUCCAGAGGACCCGUGGCGGGGGCCCCCAGAAGGUGGCUUCUUGCGAGGGGGAGGAGGACGGGCCUGAGGCUGCCCGUGUGCUCUACAAGUCCACCCGCUCGGCGAAGCCCGUGGGGCCCGAGGACAUGGGGGCGACUGCUGUCUGCGCCCUAGGCCCGGAGGAGGAGCGGGACGCACAGGCCACCUCUGAGCGCAGCCAGCGGACCCAGGAGGAGCGGAGGGGCCGGGAAGACGACAAGGUCUAUCGGGGCAUCAGGAACUAUCAGAGAUACCCGAGGCCCAAGGAAGCCCGCAUGGGCACCGCGUCCCCGGGGAUGGCGCGUAAGGGCCCCAUCCGCGCGCCCGCGCACCUGCGUGCCACCGUGCGCUGGGAUUACCAGCCUGACAUUUGUAAGGACUACAAGGAGACUGGCUUCUGUGGCUUCGGAGACAGCUGCAAAUUCCUCCACGACCGCUCGGAUUACAAACACGGGUGGCAGAUCGAACGGGAGCUUGAGGAAGGUCGCUACGGAGUCUCGGAGGAUGAGAACUAUGAAGUGGGCAGUGGUGGUCAGCAAGUUCCGUUCACCUGUCUCAUCUGUCGCCAGGCCUUCCAAAACCCAGUUGUCACCAAGUGCAGGCAUUAUUUCUGCGAGCGCUGCGCGCUGCAGCAUUUCCGCACCACCCCGCGCUGCUAUGUGUGUGACCAGCAGACCAAUGGUGUCUUCAACCCAGCGAAAGAACUGAUUGCUAAGCUGCAGAAGCAUCGAGCUGCGGGAGAGGAUGGGAAAGUGACAGAGGAACAGGCAGGUGGUCAGGUAGCCUGGGUAGAUGGCUCCUGA